AUGACUGUUGGAAAUGGAAUAAGGGGCAAUGAGGGGAAGAAGCUACUCCUCGACACAACUAUGGGUUACAAGAUGGACGACCUGAUCACUUCCUAUAUAUCAGUUCUCAUCUCUGGUCAAAACAACCAUUCGAACACACGAAGGAACGAGUCGAUCAUCUAA